CCGUUGUAAGCAGAGAAUUCCUUGUAGAUCGCUUGUGACUAAGCCUGCGUAUAGACGGCGAUUAACGCGGCAUCAUGAAGCCCAAUUAUAUGCGUACUCCAACACAUCACACAAUAAUUGACCCCUUUAUUAGGGCCGGACCACUGACCAAAGUGACCAUUGCAAAAGAUAAAGAAGGAAAUCUGAAGUCGUUCGGCUUUGUCUGCUUCAAACACACGGAAUCUGUGCCUUAUGCCAUAUCCUUGCUGAACGGCAUCCGCUUAUUCGGGAGGCCCAUAAAGCUCCAGUAUCGAUUUGGGAGUACUCAUUCGGAGGAGCCGAGCAGCACCUUCCAAGGACCUGAUAAUGGUUUUGUGGCAAACCAAGCUGACUAUGGAAUGCCCGUAAUGGCAGAACCAUUUACACCAGGUUUCCCUAUGCCCUGCAUGGAUGGGAGCUAUUUCUCAGAGGCAUAUUACUAUUUUCAAGGCAUGAUGAACCAGUUUUCAGCUUUCCAGCACCCUCCAUUUGGUGUGGCACCUCAAGAACCUCAACCCUGUGGGACAAUGCAUCCAUGGUGCCAACAAACCUAUCCCCCAUAUUCUGAACCCACACAAAACUGCAACGCUGGCCCCAGCUCUCAGGGACAGAAUUUAAAGGACCUGUAUGACCCUAAAUCUAAGUGCUCAAGGGCCAGAAAGCGAAGGAGAGAAGUGGAAAGCAGCGAUACCGAGAGCCAUAACGCGGAGUCUCAAGAUAACAACCCUGGCCAUAAACCCAAAAAACGCAAAAAGUCUAAGAGGAGAAAACUGUGACUACAGGCUGAGUGCACUACUAUGUGUACAGCAUAGAGCUGGUUCAGAAUGGACCUAAAACACAGGCUGUUACACAUUGCUUUACAUUGAGAAACCUUAUUUAAAUGUUCUGCCAACUCCGUAUAGUUUUCUGAAGGCAAUUCCAAUUGUUUGCACUUUAUGUAGAGAUUACCUGCAAGACAAUGACUGGUUAAUAUAUCUUAGUGUGACAGGCAAUGCAGUGAAGGCAUCAGUUUACAGUUCCUUUGUUAAUGCUCAAAUACUGUUAAAAUUAAAUUCUAAAUAUUAAGUCUUCUAACUCUUUGACUUCAG